AUGAACGUAGAAAACUCUAAUGUUCCAAAUGCCUCGGACAAACCCGCAAGUACGCAAAAAAUAACCCCUCCUAUGGGACCUGAGCCUCAAGAGUAUUCCUCUUCCCGACAAUCUCAACAAGAAUAUUCUUCUGUGCCAUCUUCUCAACAACAAUACUCCACUGUGCCAACUUCUCAACAACAAUACUCCACUGUGCCAACUUCUCAACAAGAAUACUCCACUGUGCCAACUUCUCAACAAGAAUACUCCACUGUGCCAACUUCUCAACAAGAAUACUCUACUGUGCCAUAUACUCAACAAGAAUACUCUUCUGUGCAAUUUCCUCAACAUUUCCAUGAACAGCAAAGUUCUUCUGGUUAUGCACCUCCACAAGGCGAAGCUUACUCUAAAUCUUAUGAAACCUAUUACCAACAAACUUCUCAACCGAUACCGAUGCAACCAAUUUAUCCACCACAAAAUCCGGUUAUCGUUACAAGUGCACCAGCACCUCCACCAGUUAUAGUGCAAACUCAACGGGCUCCUGGUAUUUUUUCAAUGAAUUUGAUUUGA